AUGAGUAGUGUUAUACAAUUAAACUCAAUCUCUAUUAAAAAUGAAACUAAUUGUGGAUAUUGCAAUGGAGGUAAGUCAAAUAAACUCUGGGUAACAUCUGGAUUUUAUUGUUACAAAAUGAAAGUCGAUGAAUAUCAAUAAUUAAUGGAUAGAGGAUGGAGAAGAUGUGGAGUAUAUUACUAUAGACCAGCCCUUGCUUAAAGUUGCUGUUAGGCUUAUGCACUCAGAGUAGUAGCCUCUAAGUUUUAAAUGAGAGUAACUCAUGAAAAGGUUUUGAAACGGAUAAAGAGGAUUAAACCUGUUCUUCUAAACAAUAACAAUGUUCCUCUAUAGCAAUAAUAGAAAGAUUAAAUAGAAAACAAUACAUUUAUAGAUUCGAUAAAGUAGUAACUAUAAACUGAUCUUGAUUUAAGUGACUUGAUAAUUUUACAAAAAGUUGGUUAACAUUAUACUUUUAAAAGCAUACAAUAUAAAGAAGAAGACCACAUUAAAUAUUUUAAAUCCAUCAUCAUAACCAGUUUAUAAAAAAUAACAAAAUAGUAGCUAAAUGAAAUUUUUGCAAUUGAAAAGGAGGAAUAUUCACACUUACUUUAUUAAAAUUUUAUAAAUUCAAUUUCAGAACUCUAAAUUUAUGAAAUUUUAUUAAUUAAAGGAUAUUUAAAUAAAGUGGAAAGCGAUUGGGCCUUUGGAUGUAAUCUAAUGCCUUACUUGUACUCAAAAAUUACAGCAUUCUUAAAAAAUUACAAUUUACCUGUUUUGAAACUUGAAGAAAACCUUAAAUACAUGGAACUAAUUCAAAAUUAUUUAUAAAAUCUAGGCUUUGAAUUUAAAAUAUCAGAAUUAGAUCAUUAAUUAUUAAUCAAAACUCCUUAAACUUUAAAAGAAAAAAUAUUAAAAUCCCAUGUUUUAUAUUUUCUCUAGAAAUAUGAUUUGUAAUCCAAUUAACCAUAAGAGAUAACUAAGAAGAAACGUCAUCAAAUAUAAAUUAAAUGGGUCAAAGCACAAUUCUAAGAUGAUAGUUUUGAAGUUUAUAAAAAAUAUCAAAAGGCUGUUCAUGAGAAAGAAAGAGUCAGUAAAAUGAGUUAUACUAAUUUUGUUUGCGUUGAUGCUCUUGAUAGUCAAGAAUUAGGAUGUUGGCAUAUGAAAUACUAUCUAGAAAACUAAUUGAUUGCUGUUGGAGUAGUUGAUCUCCUACCUGAAUCUGUAUCAUCUGUGUAUUUUUUUUAUGAUCCUGAUUAUAAAAAGUAUUCAUUAGGAGUCUAUGGAGUCUUAUCAGAAAUAGAGUAUAUCUAGAAAAAACAAAUUACAAAUCCAUAAUUACAAUACUAUUAUAUGGGAUUCUAUAUUAUGGAUAGUAAGAAGAUGGCUUAUAAAGCAGAGUACACUCCUUGCGAAUUACUUUGUCCUCGAACUUAUAGAUGGAUUUCUUUAACUAAACAAAUAAAGGAGAAAAUCGAAAAAAUAACAAUAUAUGUUUAGGAUGUGGGUUUAGUAGAUGAAAGAGAUUAGGAACAUGGUUAUAGUAUCAAUCUUGAUGGACGUACAAUAGAUGAUAUGAACUUUUUGGAUGUUGACAUUGAGAAUUUUAUUCAAUAAAAUGUAAAGAUUUCAUAAACUGGAAAAUAAUUUACAGUUUCAUAACUUAAGAAAAACUAUUAAUAAUAUUUUAUGAACCUAUUUAAGGAUUUUCUGAAGAAGAUAGGGAAAGAAUUAAUGAAGGAGUUUUUAUUUGCAGUCAAUUGA